CCUCAAGUUCAAUCUACAAAUAAAACGUGAAUUUGUCUAAUUUGUUUUAGAAAAAAAGCAAUAUUUUAAUUGGCGUUCAGGUAUUCUCAGAUUCCCUAUUCAGAUGUUGUGCCAGUCAGUGAAUACGGUCUGGAAAAUGAAGAACAAAAAGACAUUUAUAGAAAAAAACAAAAACAACUUGAAUGUUAUUUUGCUGAUGAGAGAGUUGACAGAGAAAUGGAACAAAGCCAAGAGUACGAAGUGCAAGGGAGGAGACAGGCAGAAGAUUGGAGAGUUGUGAGCAGUUAGAAAGCUGAAUCAGGGAACCUUUGAACAUGCUAUAUAGAUGCUAUAAAUAAACAGAAGUCGGACACAAUACAUUUAAAGGAAGUUAGACUGUCGAUCAUCUUGCUCCGCAGGAAAGCUAACAGGCAGCCAUCAUGAACGUGUGCCACUAUGAAAAGAAGAUGGAAUUCUUCUACAACCACAGCAACAGCAAGACUGAAGAUGAUUGGUCGGGGGCCAGACUCAUCAUUAUUCUGGUUUUUGGUUCGAUAUUCUGCUUCUUUAUCUUCCUGUCGAAUGCAAUGGUCAUAGCAGCAGUGAUCACCAACAAGCGAUUCCACUUUCCCUUCUAUUACCUACUUGCUAAUUUAGCGGCAUCAGACUUUUUUGCCGGAAUAGCCUAUGUGUACCUUAUGUUCAACACGGGGCCUGUCUCCAAAACACUCACUGUGCAUCGCUGGUUUCUGCGGCAGGGUCUACUGGACACAAGCCUCUCAGCCUCCUUAGCAAACCUGCUGGUCAUUGCGCUGGAACGCUACAUCUCUGUAAUGAAAAUGACGGUGCACAGCGACCUCACAAAACGCAGAGUGACUGUCUUAAUUAUCAUGGUGUGGGCAGUUUCUAUUUUCAUGGCCGCUGUGCCCAGUUUGGGGUGGAAUUGCAUCUGUAGCCUUGACGACUGCUCGAUACUGGCACCCAUUUAUAGUCGGAGUUACCUGGUUUUCUGGUCAGUCUCCAACCUUUUGGUCUUUUUUAUCAUGGUGGUUGCUUACAUGAGGAUCUAUAUGUAUGUGAAGAAGAAAAUUAUCGUCCUAUCGCCUCACACCAAAGGCUCUAUAAGUCGCAAGAGAACCCCUAUCAAGCUCAUAAAGACGGUGAUGACAGUUCUAGGUGUUUUUGUAAUCUGCUGGACUCCUGGGCUGGUUGUCCUUUUGCUUGACGGUCUACACUGCUCCAGCUGUAGGCUGCUGGAUGUGAAGCAGUGGUUCCUGCAGCUGGCCAUGUUGAAUUCCAUCAUCAAUCCCAUCAUUUACUCCUACAAGGACCAAGAGAUGCGCAACACCUUCCGGAACAUGAUCAGCUGUGGGAGAAACAGAGGAAGGACCAACUCCACAGCGCUGAGCUGCAGCAUUGAGCCCAAUCGUAGUACUGAGGAAAGUUGUAUUUCUUUUCACAAGGAGGUCAAGGCAUGAAUGCAGUACCGGGACUCGGGACCUUAUUUGCUGCUGGAUAGCAAAGGAUCCUAGACAUCAAGAAGUGCUGGCUUAUUCAAUAUCAACUGUCUUUAGAAAAGCAGGAGGUGCCGGGCAUUCUCAAAACUGCUGGCUUGUAAAGAAACCCAUGGAUUUUACAUGAUUGCUCAAGCACAAUGCCCAAAUGACUGCCUAAGUGGUGUUUACUGCAGCUAGCCAGUAAGUCCCCUGGUGGUUCUUUCGACUGUACUCCUAUAUUAUUGUGUGGGGAGGGAUGUUUGAGUCAUGCUUUGGGUGAAACUGAUGUACUUCUAAAUGCAUGAAUCAUUGGUACAUUGGGUGCAGAGCUGUUAGGCCACAAAAAAUACCUCAAGGUAAUGGUGGCUACAAUGUCACUGCAUGCCCCUACAAGUUCUGAUAGCUUCCAAGCCGGUUUCUUCCUAGUUCAUUGAAAUAAAAAGCCAAUCAGCGAUUCAGACUUCCUGUAUUUAUGUUUAUUAGAAAACAUAUCUGAAAUUGCACCCCCAAAACUUUUGUUAAUUUUAUUUCAUUUCUUAGUAUAAAAGCUCAACGCAUUGUUUCAUUUUAGAUUUUUCUGUAUACAUUUAAGAGAAAUUGUGUGUGGUGCUGACUUCUGUCACUGUAGUCUAAUAAGUCAUUCAGAUCGAAUACAUGUUCCUACAUUUGAAUGGUUUUGGAAAACAAAAAUAGACUAGAACUAUUUGCCUUGCUGUAUUAUACAAUUUAGAAGUGUGUAUGUGGGUGGAGAUUAUAUAUAUGUGUAUAUCAUUUUUUUUAAAUUCAAAUGAAGUGCUUUGAAUUAUUUUUAUAUACUGCAAAUAACGUUUAAUUAUAACAGCACAUACAAUUAACUUUCUAUUAAUUAUGUAUAAAAGAUUAUUGGUGUUAAAAUAAUAACACAUAUUCCAGUGAUGGUUAGUAAUGCACUAGAUAUGAAAUAGUACAUGUAUUUAAUACCAAGAGCCAAAAUAAAGAACCAGAUCAAAUAUGUGUUAUUGGUUAUCAGGAGUUCUGUUUUUCAGUUUAUGCAACAAAUCAAUUUACAUAUUCAGAAAUAUUUUUUAUCAGAUGCAUUGUAAGUAAUCUACAAUUGCCAGCCAUCAUAAAAUAAUAAUAAUA